CCCAAAUAAAAAAAACAGACGUGCUCUGAAAAGAUUCAUGUAUGAUUACACGUCGUUGCAUUGUCGUUGCAUCAUCCUGGCAGCUUGGUGCUGAACCAGUUCAAACGCACGGUGUCGCCAAAUCGCUGCACCAUUGUGCAGAGCGAUUGCCACUGCUGUGCCUCACUGCGCCUGCGUGUUUGUUUGAAUGUUUUCUGGCCCGGCCACAUUACUGCUGUUAAUACGGCCAAUUCAGCAAAGCACGGCCAGACGCCCUCACAUCCACCGCGCGCGACAUCAGCGAAAUGAGCGAAUCGAGUGUGUGCCAUCCUCUAUGAACGGCUGCCAAAGCCGGACGAGACAGCCAUCAUUUGCCAGCAGCAUGGGAGGCACCUGCGUCGCGUGCUUUUGGAAUCACCAUCCAACCUACAGAUGGUUCGCGAGUUCCUCAAUGUUUGGCUCGAUUAUGCGGUGCUCCCGGACGAAUGGAAACGGCACGAUUGCCCCUGUCUCCCACUGCUGCGUUUCGCAAAACGAAGCUGCCGCAUGUCGAUCUAUCUUUCGGCGCGGCCGAUCCCUGCCAUUUUCGCAGUAUGUGACUUUCUAGAACACUAUCCGAAAGCGAGUAGGCACAUGUCUGCACAUUGCCGAAAUUCCUCACCUAGGACUACAGGCAGC